UUUUUUGUUUUAUCUUUUUAAGAUUUUUAUAUUUCUAAAAAUGACAAAAAUGAAACACGUCAUGCCACGGAGAGGAGAUGUAUUAAAGGAUCUUUGAAGAAAUGAUAAAAUAUUGAUAAAAUGGCAAGACCAAAGGUAUUCUUUGAUAUUACUAUUGGAGGUGAAAAAGCUGGUAGAAUUGUUAUGGAACUCUUUAACGAUAUUGUCCCAAAGACAGCUGAAAACUUCAGAUGCCUUUGCACUGGUGAAAAGGGUAAUGGACUUACCUAUAAGGGUUGUGGAUUCCAUAGAGUUAUUAAGGAUUUCAUGAUUCAAGGAGGUGAUUUCACUAGACAUAAUGGAACUGGAGGAAAAUCAAUUUAUGGUACUAAGUUUGCUGAUGAAGCUUUCACUGUUAAACACACUAAACCAGGAAUGUUAUCUAUGGCUAAUGCUGGACCAAAUACUAAUGGUUCACAAUUCUUUAUUACCACUGUUCCAUGCCCAUGGUUAGAUGGUAAACAUGUUGUCUUUGGUCAAGUUGUUGAAGGUUAUGAUGUUGUUAAAAUGAUCGAAAACAACCCAACUGGUGCUCAAGACAAACCAAAGAAAGCCGUUGUUAUUGCUGAUUGUGGUCAAUUAUAAAUGAUUACAAUUUUGUCUCA